GUGACCAAGCUGACUUUAUCAACAAGGCAGAGCAGAGCCAGAGAAAGAAACCCUAAUCGAAGCUUGAAAUAAUGAAAACAAUUUUCGAUCUUCCAGAAGAUUUGAUAGUAGAUGAGAUACUUUCUAGGGUGCAGAUGACAUCACUGAGAUCAGUGCGGUCUACAUGCAGAAAGUGGAACGUUUUAUGUAAAAAUCGGAUCCUUUUUGGUAAAGCAGCAGAAGCAAAGAAGCGGUUCAUGAUGAUGGACUCGAGGAUUUGUUUAGCGAACUUCGACGUCAGCAAAGACCGUCCAUCUAUAAAAAAAGUAAAAGUACUCGAUCAAAUCGAGAUAUCUAAGGUGUUUCAGUGUAAUGGCUUGUUGCUAUGCGUCCUUAAGGACUGCUCUAGGCUCUUGGUAUGGAAUCCUUAUUUAGGGCAAACGAGGUGGAUCGAACCCAGACACAGUUUCCAACGCGAUGACAGGUUUGCUAUCGGACACGACAGCAACAACCUUAACCACAAGAUCCUGAGGAUAUUCGAGAUUGAUCUAGUUGCAGAUAGACUCGUUUUCGGGUUCGAACUCUACGAGUUUAGCUCGAGUUCUUGGAAGGUUCUUGAUGAUGUCGCUCCCCAGUGGGAGAUAUUGUCUGAUGUACGCAGCGUCUCUUUAAAAGGAAACGCUUAUUUUACUGCACAUAAGAACACAAGUGAAGAAUGGACAGAGAGACGAAGAGUCCUUUGUUUUGAUUUAACAACAGAGAGGUUUGGACCGCUUCUGCCACUACCGUUUCAGUAUGAACGAGGAGGCUUAUUCACGUCUCUAUCUGUUUUUAGAGAGGAGCAGCUCGCCGUGUCUUAUCAACACCGGGUGUCACGUGGGACGGUCGAGAUUAUUGUGACGGAUAAGAUUGGUCCUGAUGUUGUGUCUUGGACAAAGUUUUUUAAACUCGUCACUAACUAUUGUUUGCGACCUUAUUCCGGUAGCUUUUUCACUGACGAGGAGAAGAAACUUGCUGUGUUUUUCGUUCUAGAUUCAUGUUGUUACCAAACUGCUCACGUCAUCGGACAAGAUGGAUACUUCAAAUCUGUGAGAAUCCGAGAAGCUCCCUAUCUCGAGAAUGAUUUUUAUCCUCGUAUAAGAUAUUGUGAGCCACUGGUGUGCGCUUCAUAUCUUCCAAGCUUAGUGCAACUGCAAACCAACCAACCAAACGUGCUAAUGGAAAGAAUGUGAUUACUCAUUAACAUGUAUAUUUUGCAUCAUCUUCUUUAGGACAAUUUCAUUCAUUUGUGUUUUACUUUUUCUAUCAUUGGCUUUUUAAUGUUUUGAUGACUCUAGCAAUUAUUCAUUUGUGGUUUGCCCUCCCCAUCAAGCUUUAGCCAGCUGUUUUAAAUUUACUGAAAUAGCUUUUCUUAGAACCCUCUCGUUUAGUUAGGCCAUAGGUUCACGUGUUAACGCUUUUGAUGAAAUAGCUUGUUAGAGAUUUCAUGAUACAUAUAUAUUAAUGAGAUUUCACGUUCUGGAGAAAUAUUUGGAGAUGCU